AUGCAAGAGAACAACAUGAUGGUCUUUGAAGGUGACGAAGACCAAAACAGUUCCCUGAAUUGUAUUUACACACAACUCCACAUCACCGCUGGAGGGAGUGAAGCACCAUGUGCAGAACACGAGUCCAAACAGCUUCGAGCUCAGCUGAAUGAAACUAAACUCGUCAACGAUGAGUUUUCAGUCAACCUCAGUGACAUCUUCAAAUGUUCCCCUGGUCAAGAAAAGUACAGAACCGUUCUGACGAAGGGUGUCGCUGGCAUUGGAAAGUCCUUCAGUGUGAAGAAGUUCACUCUGGACUGGGCCACAGAGGAUGCCAACCAGGACAUUGACUUCGUGUUCAGUUUUGCUUUCCGAGAGCUGAAUUUAUGUUCCGGUGAGAAAAGCCUCCAUGAGCUCCUCACUGAGUUCCACCCCGAUCUUCUCCAUCUGACUGCACCUGCGGAUUAUGUCAACACCAAGAUUAUAGUGAUCCUGGAUGGCCUGGACGAGAGCAGACUCCCCCUGGUCUUCAAGGACAAUCAGGUGGUCACAUCUGUCCAUCAAAAGACGUCUGUGGGAAAUCUGGUGGUGAAUCUCAUGAAGGGUCACCUUCUUCCUGAUGCAAACAUCUGGAUAACAUCCCGUCCAACAGCAGCUGAUAUGAUCCCUGUGGAGCAUGUUGGACUGAUGACGGAGAUCAGAGGAUUCAAUGACAGUCAAAUCAAAGAGUACUUUCAGAGGCAGUUUGCUGAAGAUCUUGAUCUGGCAACAAGAAUCACAUCACAUAUUCAGUCUUCAGAGAGUCUCCACUUCAUGUGUCAAAUCCCCAUCUUCUGCUGGAUUUCCGCCCUGCUUUUUCAGGAGGUUUUUGGAGAUGAAGAGCCUGAUAUUCCCCAAACUCUGACAGAGAUGAUGGCACAUUUUCUGUCUACCCAAACAAGACGCAGAAUGAAAAAAUCUGGUGGGAUGCCUGUGAAGACUGAAGAAAGCUUUCUGGCCCUGCACAGAGAAUUUCUUCUAAAGCUUGGCAAACUUGCUUUCCAGCAGCUGCUGAAGAACAGCCUGAUCUUCUACGAAAAAGACCUUGAAGACUGUGGCAUCGACAUGAAAGAAGCAUCCGUCUGCUCUGAAUUUUUCAAUACAGUUCUUGUGGAAGAAAAAAUCAUCCACCAGAAGAAAGUCUUCGUCUUCGUUCAUCUGACUGUACAGGAGUUCUUCGCAGCUCUCUACAUCUUUGACUCUUUCUUAAACAACGAUAUCACAGAGCUGGAUGACUUCCUUCACAUGAAAGACAGUGAACACACUUUACUGGAUCUUCUGAAGACGACUGUUGACAAAGUGUUGGGAAAGGCGUACGGCCACAUGGAUUUCUUUAUGCGCUUCCUUUUUGGUCUCCUGGUUGAGGCCAAUCGAAGAGUCCUUGGAGGUGUGCUGAAGACAUCAGGUCUGAGUCAAGACACUGAGAAGAAAAUCCUGACUCACCUGAAAUCCAUCCAAAAAAAGAACAUCUCUCCAGAUGGCUGCAUCAACCUUUUCCAGACCAUGGUGGAGAUGAGAGACCACAAAGUCAAAGAUGAGAUUGAGGAAUACCUGAAAGUGCAGGAUCGUUCAGGGAUGGAGCUGACUCCGCUGCACUGCUCUGCACUGGCCAACAUGCUGCAGGUGUCAAAGAACGAUCUGGAAGUGUUGGACCUGAAGAGUUACAGGACGUCCGAGGAGGGCCGGAGGAGGCUGAUCCCUGCAGUGAGGAGGAGCCAAAAGGCCUUACUAGCAAACUGUGGAGUGACCGCUCAGUGGGUGGAACAUCUGGCCUUUGGACUCAGGUUUCCCCACUCUCCUCUGCGAGAUCUGGACCUGAGCAACAACGACCUGAGAGACUCAGGAGUGCAGGAGUUGUGUAAAGGCCUGGAGAGUCAAUACUGCAGACUGGAAAGGCUCAGCUUGUCGGGCUGCAUGGUGACUAAAGAAGGCUGUGGUCACCUGGUGUCGGCUCUGCGCUCCAACCCGACCCAUCUGAAAGUUCUGGACCUGAGCUACAACAAUCCAGAAGAGUCAGGAAUAAAUCAACUUCAAGAAAUCAAGAAUGAUCCGGAGUUCAAGCUGAGUCGAGACGCCUGUGACGUGACUCUGGAUCCCAACACGGUGAGCAAGAACCUGCUGCUGUCUGAGGGGAACAGAAGAGUGAGCUGGGCAGUCGAGCAGCAGACAACAGCAGAACGUCAUAAGUCUGAAAUCUGCCUGAGCCAGCAGAGCCUGAAGGAGCGCUGCUACCUGGAGGUGGACUUACUGGAGUCCUGCAGCGUGGUGCUGGCGUACGGGAGCGUCAUGGAGAAAAGAGGUGAAUGUGAGCUGGGAAGGGACGACGAGUCGUGGGUGUUCACCGUUGCUGAUGGACACUGUUACGUUGAACACGGGAGAAACAAGGUCGAAGUCGAAUCCCCCAACUGGCACUCCAGACUCCUCGGAGUGUAUCUGGACUGGGAAGCUGGUGUUCUGUCCUUCUACAGAGUUUCCUCCGACAGUCUCACCUGCCUCCACACCUUCACAGAGACGUUCAGAGACGCCCUCCAACCCGCCGUCCGACUUCACCUGCACUCCUCCGUCACCUUCAGUUCACCAGUGUGA